CCACCUUUCUCCCUCAAAAAACAUUAACACAGUCCACCGCCGCCGCAAAUGGCCGUCGUCAAACCAAACCUCCGCCGUCUCUCCACCCUCACCACCACCAUCACAAAACCCUUCUCUUCAUCUUCUUCCUCCUCUUCCACCGCCGCCGCCAUAUCCACCACUCAUUCAGACACCAUCACCACCAAACCCUCCGAAAAACUAACCCAUUCCGAAACCCUAAUUUCAGAAAAACUCCAUUCCAUUAUCAAAACCCACCACCGCCAAAACCCAAACCCGGAUCCGAAUCCAAACAUUCCUCCAGAUUUCACAAUCCCAUCUCUUUCAACAACUUUCACAAACCUCUCUCCAAACCCUCUUUCACUCUCCGUAAUCCAUUCGGUUAUCGAACAAUGCGGUUCGGUCCGCCACGGCAUUCCUUUCCCACAAACUCUUUCUUUUUUCAACUGGGCUAUACAAAAAAACAAUUUUUUCCAACAAAAUUCAACUGACAUUUUUAAUGAAAUGAUUGACUUAGCUGGCAAAACACGACAUUUCGAUGUCGCGUGGGGGAUUAUUGAUACUAUGAAACAACGAAAUGUCGGUAUUUCUAUCGAUACUUUUUCUGUUUUGAUUCGUAGGUAUGUUAGGGCAGGUUUAGCUAAUGAAGCUGUUCUUGCUUUUAGUAGAAUGGAUGAGUAUGAUUGUAAGCCUGAUAAGAUUGCGUUUUCGGUUGUGAUUAGUAUACUUUGUAAGAAACGUCGAGCCGAAGAGGCUCAGACGUUUUUCGAUAGUUUGAAACAUAAGUUUGAACCGGAUGUGAUUGUUUAUACUAGUUUGGUACAUGGGUGGUGUAGGGCGGGUAAUAUUUCGGAAGCUGAACGGGUUUUUGGUGAAAUGAAGAGAAAUGGGGUUAAACCGAAUGUUUAUACUUACACGAUUGUGAUUGAUGCGUUGUGUAGAAACGGGCAGAUUAGUCGUGCCCAUGAUGUGUUUGCUGAAAUGCUUGAUGAAGGGAUUGCGCCUAAUUCGAUUACUUAUAAUAAUUUGAUGAGGGUACAUGUUAAGGCAGGUAGGACGGAAAAAGUGUUGCAGGUUUAUAAUCAGAUGAAACGGCUUUCGUGUGAGCCAGAUUUAAUUACUUAUAAUUUUCUUAUUGAGAGUCAUUGUAAAAACGAGAGCCGGGAGGAUGCUAUUAAAGUUUUGAAUGUGAUGGUUAAGAAAGGGUGUGAGCCGAAUGCCAGUAGUUUUAACCCUAUUUUUAGGGAAAUCUUGAAGGACCGUGAUGUGAAUGCCGCACAUAGGUUGUUUGGGAGGAUGAAAGGGUUGAAAUGUAAACCGAAUACCGUUACUUAUAAUUUGUUGAUGAGAAUGUUUGCGGAUUCAAAGUCCGCGGAUAUGGUGUUGAAGUUGAAAGAGGAGAUGGACGAGAAUAAGGUUGAGCUUAACGUGAAUAGUUAUAGGAUUUUGAUUGGGAUGUAUUGCGGGAUGGGACAUUGGAACAAUGCCUAUAAGUUUUUUAGGGAGAUGAUUGAAGAAAAGUGUUUGAAACCGAGUCAUGGUGAUUAUGAAAUGGUUUUAGGUCAGUUAAGGAAGGCGGGGCAGAUCAAGAAACAUGAAGAAUUGGUGGAGAAGAUGGUCAGCAGGGGUUUUGUUGCUCGACCUUUGUAGGAGAUAUACCGCAGGUGUAUUGUUUAUAAAUGAUCACACAAACAAAUCUCGACUACUUGUCGUUGUUGGGGGAUUGCUGGUCAGUGUUGAAGUCAUGCGGAUUUAGGUGUCUUUACCUCUGGCGUUAGUGUUGAAAGCGGGGUGAUAAUCAGAUAAUGCAUACAAGUAUACGGUGUUAUCUGAUUAAACUGUUGAUACACAUAGUCUAUCUCAAACCCAGAACUACCAAUGCCUCUGAAGUCUGAAUAGCCGACCGACACAUUCUAUAUUUAGCAGCUAGUUCUAAAUUUUCUUUCUUUGUUUUUGAAUUUGCCAAAUGAAGCUGCCCAUUAGAUGAUUUGCUGGGGCAAAUAUGUUUUGUUUUAUUUAGUUUAUAAUUACAAGGUUCAUGGUUUGAGUGAUCCUGUAGAGCUCAAAGGCUUUCUGUAAUAAGAGGUCUGAGAAGUCGAAUUUUGCAGAACUUGAUGUUAAAUAUCUGAUUGAUUUUUUAGGUUGUAAAUAUAAACAGAAUUUUGGUA